AUGUCUGCCGAAGUUGCAGCCAACGCCCCUUUUGCGGCCGCCCCGGCUCUCGUGAUUGAGGAUUCGACUACGGACAGUCUGCAGCAGCCCACAGCUCCCAUGAGCGUCACAUAUAUCCUGAACUCGCCAGAUUCUCCUGAAGGUAAGAGCCAACAGGAUCUGCCAUCUAUCCCCACUGCCUCCAUUCCGUACACCCCCACCAUCGCGCCUGCCGCUCCGGGCGGUCUUACCGACGACACGAUGGCCUCGGAUAUUCCAUUGAAGGAGGCACUUGAGGAGAAGGCUCCGACCGGUUUAGCCUCGCCGGUGCCAUCUACGGGAAAUGCGCCCGCGAACGGUGACGGAGAUGUGGUCGCGAACGGAGCUUCCAAGACUACAGAUGUCGAUACGAAGACGAAAGAUGGUACGGGUACAAAUGGCACGGCUGCAGGAACUUUCAGGUGCAUGAACGACGAGUUCGAGGAGUGCCGCACCGGCCAGACCACGAUUGACCUGUCGCGAAAGGUGAUCUCUGAUCACUUCGGUAGGAACAAAGCCUGCACACGUUUGAUUGCUGACUGGCCUCUCUUCUGCCGCAAGCACUACCAGCGAGCUACCUACAACCAGAAGUUGUGGCAGUCGCGCAAGAUCACCCUCAUUCUGCGCCAAUUCAACAUCGUCGAGGCGCAAUUUCCUGGUACGAAGUACACCGUCGCACUCAAGAAGUCCGAGGAACAACGCUUGAACACCUUCUCCCGGAAGCUUGCUGCGGGCAAGACAGAGCGCGAGGCUGCGGCCAUGGUGGCGCCGACCGAGAAGGGCAAACACUUCGAAGCUCCGGUUAAUGUCCUCCGUGAGAUUGAACAACUCAACUAUCUUGGCGAAGAUAAGACCAAGGCCGAAGCCGAAGCGGCUGUCAGCACUAUCCGCGACAUGCUGGAGAGUGAAGAUACAACCCAAGUCCCCUCCAUUGAGUUCCUGCCGCAGUUGGACGCUGCCGGUAACCCUUACGACGCUAGCAACCGCCGAAAGUCUCCUAAGAAGUCUUCUGUGCGCGUUUCUAAGAAGGGAGCUAUCACCAAGCCGUCUUCCACAACGAAGACGCCCAAGAAGAGCGCUUCCAGGGCCGAAAUCGAAGCGGCCGUCAACACUAUCGACGACAUGUUGGAGAGCGAAGACAAGACCCAAGCUCCCCCCUUGGACUUCCUGCCGCAGCUGGAGGCCGACGCUAACCCAUAUGACGCUGGCAACCAUAACCCGUAUGACGCUGGCAGUCACGGCAAGUCUCCGAAGAAGACUUCUGCGCGCGUCUCCAAGAAAGGAGCCAUCACCAAGCCGUCUUCCACCAACAAGGCGCCUAAGCACAGCGCUUCCAAGGCCUAG